GUAACUUCAAAUUUUUGGUACAAUAUCAUUAUCAAAAAAAUUGUUUAUUUUAAAGUGGAAUCUGUUAAAUCGCGUUUCAUUACGAUGAAACUGCUUUUAGUGCUCUUGGCUACCUUCUCGUGUACAUUGUCUUUGGAGUCUCAAGAACUAAUUCCAGUUGAAACAAAUUCCAGCAGCGUUCGUAUUUGGCAGCAACCAUUCAUUUGUCCAAGAGUUGGACUAUUUCGCGAUCCAUUGGAUCCUACAUGCAAAAGGUACUACAAGUGCAAACUUGGUCUAAAUGGUGCUCUGCAAAGCGGUCAUUUUUUAUGCCCAUGGAACUUGUAUAUAAGUGAGUUUUACCAAAGAUGUGUGGGCCCUACAUAUUCGGAAUGUUUAAUUACACCUCUGCCUCCUCCAAUUGUUCCGACUACUACGACUACGACAACUACACCAGCACCGCCGCCUCUUUUUUCAUGCGUGCAGGAAGGGAUGUUUAUAGAUCCCUAUGACAGCACUUGCAAAGGAUACUACAAAUGUGCUUUGAAAGCAGGCGGAGGAUUCAGUGUAGCGCGUUACAAUUGUCCUGGUUCUACUUACUUCAGCAGCACGUAUCAGCAAUGUGUGGUCGCUUCCCUUUCGGAGUGCCUAAGAAAUCCUCCAGCGCCUUGGCAACCACCUACGCCGCCGCCCAUAUACAACUGCGUGCAGAGCGGCUCAUUUGCAGAUCCAGCAGACAAAACAUGCAAAGUAUAUUUUGAAUGUGUGAGACUCUCUGGAGGAAAUUUCAACGUGGGUCGUUUUACAUGCGCCGGACAGACAUACUUCAGCGCGCUUUACCAACAAUGCGUGCAAGCGCCUUUAUCCGAGUGCUUGGCGACAGCUGCACCUCCACCACCGCCACCAGGACCAGGACCAUCGCAACCCUUUGCUUGCGUGCGGACAGGAUUGUUUUUGGAUUACACUGAUAAUUCUUGCAAAUGGUACUACGAGUGCACAUUAAACGCUCAAGGUGUAUUCGACGUGGCCCGAUAUGCUUGUGCAGCUGAGUUAUAUUUCAACAGCGUUCUGCAGCAGUGCGUACCUGCAUACCAGUCAGACUGUUUAGGUGCAAGUGUCACUUCUUCCCCAUCCAUACCAUCCUUACCAUCCUUACCAUCUUUCCCAACCUUGCCAACAUCUUCCCCAACAGCAGGAUUUCCUUUUGGCCGAAAAUCUCUUGAUAUGCAAACAAAAACUGGAACUAAAUGUACAAAAGGAGAAGUUUCUAAAGACGAUUUAAAUUCUACAUGUACCUAGUGAGUGUGUUAUAUGAAAUUGCUAUUGCAUAUUACAUACAAGCUUAAUAAAGGUUAUGGUGAUUUAUUUCAUUUAAAGGCAAUGUAUCGGUUUAAUGGUUUUAAAUUUAUUUUUUAUUUAAUAUUAAAUAGAUUAAUUAAAAAUCUAUAAAGUGAUAAGAGGCCUGAUAUCCAUAAUAUUAUUGAAUAUUAAGAAGUGACGGAUAGAUCUGAUAAUGUAGUAGUUGUUAUAGACAAUUUACUUAAUAAUUAUGAGUUGCAUCAUUAUGCAAUGAUUUAUCACUAUUAUUUAUUCAACAUUUUAUUUAACUGCUUGCAACUUUUAAUAAAACGCAUUUUUUAUUGUUUUAAGUAUAAAUCUUAUUAGGGCACAAUAUGAAAAUAAAAAUAAGAACUUUAUACAAAAGCUUUUUUUAUACAAUAUGCUUCUUGCGCUAUUAAGUUAAGAAAUUUUAUUUAUGCUUGUAAAAAAACAAUAAAUGCUUUAUUUAUUC